AAUGUUGCAUGGGCUGGCCACAACAUUAGGUAUACCAUAACCCUAACGGUAUUCAAAAUGUACAUCUUUUAAUCAGAAGAGGUAUCUAGUCAUGGCAUAUAGUCCUGGUAGGAGGUUCACCACAUUGGUGAACCUGCCAAGGCUUAAUGAACUACGUCAUAGUUAUGUUACAUAACAGCGACGCAGUGAGCAGAGCAGCGCGACAGUAUACUGCCUCAGACUGCAAGGUGCACGUAGAUUACUUCAUACAAGGACCUUACUACUAUUCAUUCAUCGCUACGAUCUAUCAUGUCUCCUAUCAAUGAUACAGUGUGUGCAGAAGAUGCCAACAACAAGGUGAAGGAAGUUAACAGGACAGAACAAAAAGGUCUGGAGACCAUCGCUCCUUUGGUUAGCACUGCAGAAGAGACCCCUGAUCCAAUCCCUACUCAGCUACAAGGAACCAUUCCCCACUGGAUCAAUGGCAGCCUGCUGCGAAAUGGCCCGGGGAAGUUUGAGUUUGGAAACACUCACUUCAACCACUGGUUUGACGGCAUGGCCAUGCUACACCAGUUCAAGAUGGAGAAAGGUCAGGUGACAUACAUGAGUCGCUUUCUACACAGCGAUGCUUACAAGAAGAACAGUGAGCAGGAUCGCAUCAUGAUGUCAGAAUUUGGUACCUUAUCCAUGCCCGACCCUUGUAAAAACAUCUUUCAGCGAUUCUUCUCUCGCUUUGAGGUCCCGAAGGCCACAGACAAUGCCAAUGUCAACUUUGUGAAAUACAAGGGAGACUAUUAUGUCAGUACAGAGACCAACCUGAUGCACAGGGUGAACCCAGAGAACCUAGAAACCCUGGAACAGGUAGACUGGAGCAAGUUCAUUGCUGUUAAUGGAGCCACCGCCCACCCUCACUAUGACCCUGAUGGUACCACCUACAAUAUGGGCAACUCCUACGGACGCUCAGGAGCCAUGUACAACAUCAUUAGUGUACCUCCUGAGAAGUCAGAAACCGAAAACUACCUGACAGGUGCCAAAGUUCUCUGUUCCAUCCAACCUGCAAACAAGUAUCAACCUUCCUACUACCACAGCUUUGCUAUGUCGGAGAAUUAUGUGGUGUUCAUUGAGCAGCCAAUUAAAAUUGACUUGUUGAGGAUAAUCACAAGUAAAAUGAGGGGGAUGACAUUCUCUGAUGCCAUCCACUGGGACCCCAGCAUGGAAACCAUCCUUCACCUCAUUGAUAAGCGUACCGGUGAGGUCAGCCCAGUUAAAUAUCACACCAAAGCACUCUCCACCUUCCAUCAGAUCAAUGCCUUCGAAGAAGAUGGAUUCUUGAUGUUGGAUCUGUGCUGCUCAGAUGACGGCCAAGCCAUCAACAUCUAUCACCUUCAGAAUUUACGCAAGUCAGGAGAAGCACUAGAUGCGGUGUACAACAGCAUGAGCAGAACUUUACCUCGCCGCUAUGUCUUACCCCUUAAUGUGACUAAUGACACGCCAACAGACCAGAACCUGAACACUCGUCCUUCCAGUACAGCAACAUGCACCAAAACCGACAGCACUAGGGUGUUCUGCCAACACGAGGAUCUCCAUGGUGAUGACCUAUACCAGUAUGGCGGUUUGGAGCUCCCCCACAUAAACUACGAGAGAUACAACACAAAGCCUUAUCGUUAUUUUUACGGCUGCGGCUUCAGGCAUAUGUUUGGAGACACCCUGCUGAAGAUGGACCUGAAUGACAAGACGCUAAAGGUUUGGUGCCACAAGGGUCUCUUCCCAUCAGAGCCCGUCUUUGUGCCGUCACCGGACGCCGUGGAGGAGGACGAUGGCGUUAUUCUCUCUGUGAUUGUCUCUGCUUCACAGGAUAAAGGCACAUUCCUCCUGGUUUUGAACGCCAAGACGUUUGAGGAGUUGGGAAGAGCCAACGUGCCUGUCAACAUACCCUACGGCUUCCAUGGUACCUUCAAUGCCUCUGAUUGAAUGAAUCUGUUAUGACAUGUUUCACUGUGCUCAGUAAUAAUAAGAAUAUAAAUUAAGUAUGAUGAUAUGUAACCAGUGUAUUGAUGCUACUGAGGUGAUUUGUUGCUAUAAGCCUUACAAAGUCUGUUACAUGAAGACUAGAUGCAGAUUACAAACUACAGGUGGUCCUCGGUUCCGUGUUACGGCGUGUUGUGGUUACGAAUGUGCUCCCAUUAAUGAAUAAUUAAUGUCGUCCCUCGUUUAUUGCAGUUAAUUGGUUCCAGACCCCACCAGGAUGAAUUAAUUUCCGUGAAGUAGGUUUCAAUAUUAAUAAACUGAAUAGUUUUUUUUAGGUACAGCAGAGAAAGUGUGAUUAUCCUCUAACUAGUUAGCUUCUACAAAUUUACUUACUCUAAACUAAGCAAGUGUUUCGAACAAAGCCCAAAAAUGUACCACUUCCACACUGAAUGAGAGGAGAACCUUUUUUCCACUACAUUUCAGCCAUGGCAUGUCGGCUCGGCUCUGGUGGCUCAGGCGCUAGUCUCCAUGCAGUGUGAAAGGUCAUGUGAUCUAACAUGAGGUCUCAUAACAUACUGAUGCCAGAAUACGAAAUAUAACUUUAAUUUAACUAUAAUUUUUUUUGACCAAUGAUAGGCCACAGUCAACCACAAAACAGCAACCACUUAAUAAUUAUAUUAAUUAAUUAUAUUAUAUUAAUAAUUUUUGUUAUUAGGGUGGGAUAUUCGAACCACGAUAUAGCGAGGGAUGACUCUACAUGACAUUUGACGAGGACCACCUGUACGUAGGGAUAUAUAUAUGUAUAUAUAUAUAUAUAUCCCAUCUGUACUGCAGAACUGCCAAACCUCACCCACAAAGUGCUACCUAACCUUCUUCAGGUUCUUUUUAUUGUACUCAAUAUUGUACUUCUUUACUCUUUGUAUGUGCUUUGUAUACAAAUGUGAAUCAAGUCAAAACCAUCUGAUUGAGUUACAGAUAAAAAAGCCUUAAAUAUUUUGACCUCCUGACAUGAUCACUUUGAGUUAUACAAUAUACCAGGAAAUUAUGCCUUUAUCGUCACUAUGGAAUACUUCAUCAAUUGUGGGUUUUUUUGUAUCUGUAAUUGUAAUAAAUGCCAAAAUAUAUAUAUACAUAUAUCCAUCCUUGUUUUUGACCACUUUGCAUGUUGGAAUGCAUGUGUCCAGGAAUAUUUUUUUUAAAUGACCUCAGGGGACAUGCAGGACA